CUCUUCUCUCAUCUCAAACAUCGAUACUCAUCAUCUCACACAUACCUCUUCAAAACCAAUCUUUUUUAGCAACUUCAAAGUUCUUUAAAUUUUCUGUUUAUCAAACCGUUUCAAUCCAUUCAGAUUAUAACUAUGGCGGAAGAAUACAAGAACAACGUUCCCGAGCACGAGACCCCAAAGGUUGCAACAACAGAAGAGCCAUCAACCACUACUACUACACCAGAGGUUACGGAUCGUGGGAUGUUCGAUUUCUUGAGCAAGAAGAAAGAGGAAGUGAAACCUCAAGAGACUACGACGCUCGAGUCUGAGUUCGACCAUAAGGCUCAGAUCUCAGAACCGGCGUUAGCUGCGGAGCACGAGGAAGUGAAGGAGAACAAGAUUACUCUCCUCGAGGAGCUUCAGGAGAAGACCGAAGAAGAUGAGGAGAACAAGCCUAGUGUCAUCGAAAAGCUUCACCGAUCCAACAGCUCUUCUUCCUCUUCAAGCGAUGAAGAAGGUGAGGAAAAGAAAAAGAAGAAGACCGUUGAAGGAGAAGAAGAGAAGAAAGGGGUAAUGGAUAAGAUCAAAGAGAAGCUUCCAGGCCACCACGACGACAAGGAAACAGAGGAUCAUGACGUACCAGUCGUCAGCACCAUCCAGGUACCAGUAUCGGAGAGUGUGGUGGAGCAUCACGAAACCGAGGGCGAAGAAAAGAAAGGAGUAAUGGAUAAGAUCAAGGAGAAGCUUCCAGGCCACAACGACAAGGAGACAGAGGAUUCACCUGUCCCAACCAGCACGCCACUUGUUGUAACUGAGCACCCCGUAGGACACUCGACGGAGCAACCGGCGGAGAAGAAGGGAAUCAUCGAAAAGAUUAAAGAGAAGCUUCCAGGUUAUCACGCCAAGACAGAGGAAGAGAAGAAAGAAAAAGAGUCUGCUUAAGCAAAAUGAUGAAAGGAUGAAAUAAUGAUAUUGGGAGUGGGACAUUUGUUGUGUUUUUGUGAUCAUUAUCUUUCUCUUUUUUCUUUUUAAGUUGUUCUUGUGGCUUUCAUUUGAUCCUGUGUUUUGUAUUUUCAUUUUUAUCUUUUAUAUAUAUACAAGGUUUGCAUAUGGUUAUUGUUUUAGAGUUUUA